GGGCAGCGCGGAGCCGGGAGCGGCCAUGGGGAAGGUGCUGGCGGCGGCUCUCGUCGGGAUAGCGGCGGCGCUGGCGGCGGAGCGGCUGCUGGCGUUCCGGAACAGACUCAAUGCUACCCGAGAAGUUGACCCCGUAGCCCUCCCGAAUUGCCAUCUCAUCAAAGGGAUCGAAACUGGUUCAGAAGACAUUGACAUCCUUCCUAAUGGACUGGCUUUCAUCAGCUCCGGUUUGAAAUACCCAGGAUUGAAGAGUUUUGCACCAGACAAGCCAGGUGAAAUUUUUUUGAUGGAUUUGAAUGAAAAAAAGCCAAAAGCAUCUGAACUGAGAAUCAGCCGUGGGUUUGAUUUGGGAUCGUUUAACCCUCAUGGGAUCAGCACUUACAUAGACAAAGAUGACACCGUGUACCUCUUUGUUGUGAAUCAUCCACACCAGAAGAGCACAGUAGAACUGUUUAAAUUUAUGGAAGAUGACAAUUCUCUUGUACAUUUGAAAACCAUUCGACACGACCUUCUGACAAGUGUGAAUGAUGUAGUAGCUGUGGGGCCAGACAGCUUCUACGCUACCAAUGACCACUACUUCUCUGACUUCAUCUUGAUGUUCUUGGAAAUGUACUUGGGUUUAACAUGGUCAAAUGUGGUUUACUACAGUCCAAAAGAAGUUAAAGAAGUAGCAGCUGGGUUUUAUUCAGCCAAUGGAAUUAACAUUUCACCCGACAAAAAGUACAUCUAUAUUGCAGAUAUACUUGAUCAUAAUGUCCAUGUUAUGGAAAAGCAUGCUGAUUGGAAUUUAACCCAUGUGAAGACGCUGCAGCUGGACACUCUUGCCGAUAACUUGUCUGUCGAUCCUGACACUGGGGAUAUCUGGACAGGAUGUCAUCCCAAUGGGAUGAAGCUAUUCUACGAUGACCCAGAUAACCCUCCUGCCUCCGAGGUCCUGCGCAUCCAGAACAUCCUGGCGGAGCAGCCCACGGUGACGCGCGUCUAUGCUGAGAAUGGCUCCGUGCUGCAGGGGACCUCGGUGGCAACGGUCUACGAUGGGAAACUGCUCAUUGGCACCGUCUUCCACAGAGCCCUGUACUGUGAGCUAUAGCUGCCCUGACUGUAAAUGAGAUCCAGUCUGAGGCCUGGGAGCCACACUUCGGCCAGCAGCUGGGAUCAGAACAACGCAGAAGGAAGGAGAGGACAAGAGCCGUGCUUACCAUUUAUUACUUCUUCUGGAAUGACCAACGAACGGGCAGGAAAGUGAGGACUCGAUACAAAUUCUAAUAAAGAUUCAGGAUUUCUCAUUUUAUUGCAUUCGUUGUCUAACAACAAUAAUACUCAUUGGCAAGAAAUUUAUUUACACUAACAAAUUAACUUCAAACCACGAGGCUUUGUUGUUUAUAUUUAAACUGUAAGAAAACAAAGGGCCACCAUGAUGUUUUGUUUUGAUGUCUCCAAAUAACUAAACAUUAAAGAAAAUCAUCCGGGGGAAAACUCAACGCUCUAUAGAGAAGUUGCUACUGACUAAAGCACAAGGGGACAAGCUCAGACAUGGCACUACCGCGUCCUUCAUGCAGAUGAUUCGACACCAAGAUGUACAAACAGAAAGCUCAGGGCAAAACAUGCACUUCAUAUACAUUUGACCUCUUUAGAAAACAACCGAAAAAGGAAAAAAUCUGAAGCGCAACCACCUCUUCAACCAUAUAAAAAGGAACAACGUUACAAAGCCAAUUUUUACAGUGAGCACAGUGCAUUUUAGUCUUUUAGCUGCCUGGUCGUCUAGCAGUACGUACACCGGUGAGUGAGCAUUGCAGCGUGGUCGGGAGAUACAGAAGCAGCAAUGCAGACACAACGUGUGCGCUGGGAAGUCUAUGGGCAGAGGAGCGACCCACGGUCAGCGGUGACCCUGGGGGGAGUCACUCACAGCCCGCUCAGCAAUGAGCUGCCCAAAGAGCUCCAGCACAACUCGGGCUUAUAAAGUAUGAGAACGGGCUUUUCCUCCCGGAAUACCAACAAUGUGGUCCACCAACCCUGCCAGCCUUCCCCCACUUAAAAACCAGCACGAGGACAACACGCAGGAAGACCUACGGAAAAACACUCCGGGUUCUAACAGAACUUUUAACACCCUGGGAGCAGCAAAAUACACAAGGCCCCGCAAGCAGAGCAAAGCCGAUGUGCCGGCUUCGUGCCCACAGCCCUGUGGCAGCCCACCCGCUGCUGCUGAGCAGAGGUGCUGAGGCGCACACACAUCCACGUGCACAGACACAUCCAUGUGCACAGACACACACAGACCCACUCCUGUUCAUUUCCAGAGGACUCAAGUUACAAUCACUUGGCCUCUUCAUUUCUGGAAAGACUGAGCCACUUCAUUCUUUUCUGUUGUUAACAAACCCCAGACGGACCCAUCCAACCGCCCCCUGCACUCAGCUGUUAAAGACUUCCAAGUUCAUUAAGCGUGUGCCUGCUUUUAUCAUAUUUCUUUCAGCGUUCUGGCUCACGGCUUCGGUUUCCUGAGGUUUUAAAUGAGGGAAGCAUGGGAGGAAGGAAUUGCUACAGAAAGGGCCCAGCCUCUCCGCCACUUGGUUGGAUGACAUUGAAGGGGAAGAGGCCGCACCUCAAAAAAGCAAAAUCGGGCUUUGCUUUCUGACAGUAGUUUUCCGCUGUGAACACAUGGCUAAAUAAUUCAUAUAUGACUUAAUUCCUGCAAACUUCCCUUAAACUUCAGCACUGAGAAACAGCACAGACCACACUGCAGAGCCUUCCAAGACCCACAGCUGGCUAUGUGCGAAGCUUUCCUUUUGCUUUUCAGUGCUGGGAUGACACAGCAUUGCCCACCUCUUAUUUGCCAGCACACGAGCAGCUUGGAGUGGAGCAGCUUGAAAGGCAGGAGGCUUAGAUGGAAGCAAGCAGCUGGGGUGUUAGAAAUCCUGAUGCUAGGUGAAUGCUAAUGAGAGCAGAAGCCAGGCAAACCUCAAAGUUGCCUGCUCGGUAAUUCUUGUAAAACCUGGAUUCUUGCAGUAUCCUGCAGCAGACCAGAGUCAUGGCACAACGGAUGCCUUUGCAAAAAGAAUCAAAACCAAACCAGAUUUGCACAUGCUGAGAUACAAACAUCACUUAAUUCUGUUCAGCUUCUUAGUACUGGCUGCUGGUCUGCUAGACAACUGUAGCCCAUGAGCUAGAACGGGCUCUGCCAACAGUGAGCACAACCACUUCUGCUGGGACCACUGGGUAAAGUACACACAGCAGCUAGCAGUGCUCUGUGCCCUGCACAUACCAGCCCGAGCUCCUUCCUCAUGCAUGGUCCUGGUCUGCCCAGGCAGAUGGAAACCUUACUGGGAGCUGUAACUCAUGUCACACGGGGAAAAACACAAGGUGGAAGCAAGGUCAGUAUGCUUGGCAGACCUGGAUAGAGCAAAGAGCCACUGCACUCCCCCAGAACCUCAGUGCAGGACUUCAGGACUCCAGUAACCCGCCAUGCUGCAUCUCUUACUUUCUGCUUUUCCAAGCUCCAGCUAGCUCUCCUUUUUGCUCUGUGGGCUACGUCUGCAACCCUUCACAAGCCAGAUGUGUGCAUGCAGGCAGACAGGCACCGCCAUGGCAAGAGGAGCACAACCAGAGGUCCCAGAAGCAUCCUGGUCACCUUCUGCUAGCCAUGGGCAGCUGGGCAUGGAGCAGGCAUGGGCAUCGCAGAGGCAUGGAACCUCUGAGCUGCCUGCACAGCUCUGUCAGCACAUCCAAAACUGCAUGAACUCCAGCAAGAGUGAUGCAAAAGUGGGCUACAGAUACUCCUGCAGGUGAGCCAAGAGAAAGUCUUUCCAGUCGUUUAGCAUGGAGUUACGUGUUUCUUAUUACACACACACAGAAAACCAUUAGUCUGACUUAGCAUUGGUUUACAGGAAAUUUAAGUUCACAAUGAUGAGACAACUUCAUCUUCUGUUUCACAGAUGCCGUUACACAAUAAAAGGGGAAGAAAUGCAACACAACUUUAAACAUCCUAUAGAACAGCAAUAGAGGUUUCAGACUGCACUGCUUUUUAUGUCUGUAGUCCAGUGACAUUUCUCCGUGCCCCCAAAAUGUGACCGUAAGAAAAGGAACCACACAAAUCUCUUUUAUCACAGAAAGAGGAGCAAACUCCUGACAUUGCUUGGUUUGCUCUGUUUCCAUGUGUUGGUCAAUAUGCAUUUUAUGGUUUUAUUUUAAAUGUAAGCUACUGCUUUUUCAUUUUUUUUUUAUUUUUUAUUUUUAAAUUGGAGACUAACGAAGUAAUAUCACCACAAAGCAAUAAAAAAACACAGAUACUGUAAGGAUUUCAGUAGGUCAAAUUAGUUAUUCUGUAGAGUAAUAACCUGAUUUACAAACAGAUUAACGAGGCACUUUUCUAAGCUGCAAGAAUGAAAACUCAACGUAUAACGGCAAGCAGCCUGCUCAGGUUCCUAGGAACACAGACAACAUAAAGCAGGGACACCACCUCAGAUUACUGCAUACAACCACUUGAACAUUACUAUAAUGUAAACAUAAUUUAAAAUCAUCAAAUGCAUUUUAUCAACAUCGUAUUUAAAAUAUGAUAUUUCCAGUUUCUUCCAGAGAACUUCUCUCACUUGAGUAUAAAUUUAUAACCUCCAAAGAUGACAGAAUGCUACUUUUAUCAGGCUGUUAAAACUUUGUUGUAUUUUUUUUUCCAACAGAGAGUGCACAAAUAUUCACUCUGAUGUGCAAUUCUUGUUAGCACGUCUAUUUUUGCCCGUGGUCUAUCUCAAGAAAAAUAUCAGAAGCCAUUAGAAAUAUUAGAAAGUAUAUCUGAUGGUAGCUUUGUUCUUAUGUUUGAGUAAAAUAUACACCAGAAACUUGUAGAAAUUGGAUUUGGAAGCAAAACUAAGGUAAGACUAAGUAGAUAUGCUGUGUAGUAGCUUUGAAUGCAGUAGGCUCUGUCGGUGUACGGACCAUUCUAUACAUCAAAGAAAUGAUUAUGAUCAAAGACAUUUAACUCUAAACAUUGCACCCCAACUGUUUCAAAUCUGAAUUUCAGAGAACUUGACAGGCAAAUCUGAAUGUCAUAAAGUACAGAGCAGGAGAGAAGCCAAGCCAAACUAAAACAAACAUUUUCUUCCAAAGAAUUCAACGUUGGCAAAUUUGAAGUUCAGGUUUAUACCUUUGCAUCAACAUCUUAAACAACUUCCAUGGUAGCAUGACUGGCCAGAUGAAGGCUGCUACUUCCAUGAUGCACAAACAGAUAUGAUGUCUCUCAAAUACAAAUGCUGCUGCAUAGUUAGCUCUGACUAAAAGCAGUAAGGUAACACCUCCAGUUUCUUGUGGUGGAUAUUUGCCAUUUGUCUUUUCAUUCUUCUGAGGAAAUAAUGAAUAUUUUAACGCUGCUCUUAAGAGGCAGCAACAUCACCCAGUGUGAGUUAUGCUCUGCUUCUGUCACAGUCAAAACUAUUCAGCAGGCUUCGCCAAUGGACUCAACGGGCCGGGAGAACAGGAACCUCUGGCAUAUGUAACAAGACUCCUGUUAAACCAUCCAAACGCUCUGCAGCCCAUGCCUAAAAAUUCAGGUUUUAGUGGAGAUAUUCUUUAAACACAUCAAUCAAAAUAGUUAAUACAUGGCAGCUUUGGAUUUAGUAACCUUCACCUCCAAGGCAGCACUGAUUUUAGAAUCAACGUACUGAAUUCAAUCCUAACCAGAAUCCCUCUUCUUCCUCUGCUUAAAGUGCACUUCUGUAAAAACUCAAAGUCUUCAGCAGACUCAACUUUGAUAAUCGUUUCCAAUGACAGCUUCAUAACAGCACAGCACAAAACAUACACUUCCAAUGCUUAUUGGAGAACGCAUCUGAAGAUGUGUUUUUCUUGGAAAAAAAUACAAAACAAAACAAAAUAAGCCCAGUUUCCUGUUCAAAAUACAUGAAAAAGAAAGCAGAGUGUGCUAUAAGAAAGUUAACUACGCACUGGGAGCACAAAGAAAUUUGUACAGAUCUAUACGCUGUGCUCUAGAUAGAAAUUCAUCCUUGCUCAGAUAUCUAAAGGAUAAAUGUUAUCCUCAGAUUCCUGUGUAAACCCACAUAAUCGUUUAAGGCUUUGCCUCCUUCCUGGAUUAACUACUGUACAGUUAACAGAAAGAGUACCACCUCCUGUCUUUUACCCAGGGGGGAUAUCCACUCUCCUGUCUUUAUCUCCAGUGUAUAUUAAGAAGUCACGGAACAGUUGUGUUUCCAGAGCAGUGUCGCUUCAACGUACUGAUGCAAGACGAAACUUACUCCAGUAGAUGGAACUGAGUAUCAAAACACUGCAGAGAAGUGGAAAUUCCAGUUAGAAAGUUAAGUAAGUCAUCUCCUUUCAGACAGAGAAAACUCCUUUUACUCAGAUGAAUAAGUGUCCACCAAUCGCUUUGACUGGCCAUCGUGUUUAGAAGAGGUGAAGAAGUGGACCAUGCUCCUCAGCAUCAUGCUGGUUACUGAAGUGACCGAACACACAAAGCUCAAAAGAAAAGAGUAGUUUGGAAGGAAACACUGCCACACAAAUAUGAAACCUGUUAGCUGUCAACAACAACAAAACAAACCGAGGGGCUGGGGUUGUUUAACAUGGCAACAACAACGAGCGAGAACUGGAUAUGCAGGAAAAUAAAACUACACAAGAUAAAGUUCCCCAGUCAUUCUAUUUAUAGCUCCAUUUCUCUGUACACACUCAUGUGUAAUGAACGCAAGAAAGCUGAAGGGGCACCAGAGUGGGUGUGAGUUUCUCUUCCCUCGAAGCGUUACAAACCCAGCAGCACUUCUGCUUAUCACUGCUCAUUAGUGCCCUCUGUUGCUUCUGACGAAGACUUCUCUGUUUUCUUCGAUUUCCUCUGCAGUUGCUCCUGUUCCUUCUUCCGAAGCUUUUCCCUUUGCUUUUCCAUUUUCUCUUGGGCUUUGCGAGCUUUCUCCAGGGAUGCUUUCAUUUCCUUUAGCUUCUUCUUAACGAUUGCCCUGUCCUGGGAAGAUGUCAUACCAAGAGCCUGAGAUAGAUAGGGAAAACAAAAUUUAAGAAGAUUUUCAUAUGGUAUAAUCUAUCACCAAUUCUUUCUAUUUUUUAUAUCCUGACUACCAAAGUCAAAUUUUAGUAGCAUUUUAUAGUUCUGAAUUAGUUUCCAUCCUUUCCACUUAUAGAAUAUUAAAGGAGAUCUCACUGCAA